CGUUUGUUCAUCCGGCGCUUUUCAUGUUUUUGUGUUCUUUUAUGUUUGUGCCUGUUUUGAUCGGGGUUGACUUUUUAUUUCGUAACUCGUCAAUAAUAGUCUUCAAAGUCCAAGGGACUACUGUGGCACUGGUAACUGAAGUAAUGGCAUACCGGAGAAACAUCCUUCCGAAAGUUGCGUCAGACUGGAUUCCGUUUGUCGGUUGCAUUCUCCUUAUCCUGACAUCAUACCUAUUCGAGAUGUUGUUUAUCAUUCCGAUCAUCUACCCAGCCGGACACACGAUGACCUAUGUUCAUUUCUGCGCUCUGACGUUCAUCGUUGCGAAUAUCCUGGGAAACUUUCUGAUGUUGGUGCUGGUGGACGUGUCGUCCACUGGGAUGUUUCUACCUACGGUUCUGAAACCCGAAUGGAGGUACUGCUACGAGUGUGAGCAGAACUCUCCGCCACGCUCGCACCACUGCUCGCUGUGCAACACCUGCAUACUGCGGCACGACCACCACUGCCCGUUCACCGGCGGCUGCAUCGGACACGCCAACGUGCGCUACUACGUCGCGUUCCUGUUCUACGUCGCCGUCGGCGCCCUCUACGCGAACGUGAUGAACGUCGACUACGUCGUCGAGGAGCUCGGCGGUCUCACGCUCGCUAACGUCUUCAUGAUGGUUCUCCCGUUCUUCGCCUGGAUUGCCGGCUACUGCCGCGGCUGGGCCCUCUUCGUCUCGUUUAUGACGGCUGCGAGCCUCGCCGCGUUGCUCUACGACGGCUUUCUGCUCGUCUACCAUGCCGUGCUCGUCGCGCACGGUCAGACGACGCAUGAAUCGGCGAGGAAGAACCGGCUGUAUGACCUGGGACUGGGGAGAAACCUCGAGCAGGUGUUCGGAAUGAACUGGAAACUCGCGUGGCUGUUUCCGUUGGUCCCGUCGCCGCUGCCCGGAGAUGGACUGGAAUUCCAGACGAGGAAGUUACCGAUGGAGACGAGCAAAACCCUGUGAUCUGUAGAAAUACGCGUUGGUCAUCUUAUAGUUAACUUGUUAAGCAAGUGUUUUUCGAUACAAAACGCGUUUGAAAGCAAUCUAGUCAGUGCAAAAAUUUGUGCGAAUUAAAAUUGUAUGCAGGCUCCGUUUUCUAUCUUUAUCAUUCUUUGCAAAAGAAAAUAGUGUGGCAUCAUUAUUCCACCGAAAGACUAUUACUCAUCUUACCUUACUUAGGAUCUUCUUUCAAAUUGUGUACGUUCAAGUGUAAUUUUGUACUACAUUAAAAUUUAAACUGCUGUUAACAUAAGGAAGAUUGGACAACAAUAAGUCGACAAUAAACUAUUAGAAAUUAAAAGUAAAAACUA